AUGAGUCCAUUCAUGAAGAGAUUAGUCCAUCGCUCAACUUCUCAUGAAGAUGUACUUCUAACAAUACCAAACAUGGCCAAAUCGCGAUUCGAAUACGUUAGACAAUUCGAAACCAAUGAAACUCUUCUACCGGAAACUUACAUUGUCGUGAGGAUCGAUGGCAAGAAAUUUCACGAAUUUUCCAAAACGUACAACUUCGAAAAACCCAAUGAUGUGCGCGCUCUAAAGCUCAUGAAUGCAAGCGCUAAAAACGUAGUUUUGAAGUAUCGUAAUGAUGUGGUGUGUGCGUUCGGCGAAAGCGACGAAUAUUCGUUCAUUCUGCGCAAAGAUACGGUUCUUUUCAAAAGACGACAAAAUAAGCUAAGCUCAUUAUUCGUAUCUCUCUUCACCGCUAACUACGUCGCAUUGUGGAGCAAGUUUUUCCCAGACAUGGCGCUAGAUUACAAACAUCUGCCUUUUUUCGAUUCCCGGUGCGUUUGUUACCCCAAUUUGACCACCAUAAAAGACUACCUGAGCUGGAGGUUCGUGGAUACUCAUAUUAAUAACCUUUACAACACUGUCUUUUGGCAAUUGAUUGUCAAGUGUGGUCUCACGCCGCAAGAAUCUGAACAGAAACUGUGCGGGACCUUGAGCAGCGACAAACAGGAGAUUCUAUUCACAGACUGUGGCAUAAAUUACAACGACGAACCAGAGAUUUUCAAAAAAGGAUCCCUCAUCAACAGAAAGGGUGAAGUAAUGCACAUUGACGUGAUAAAAAAUAUCGAUGCUCUGUUCGAAGGGUUUUGA